AUGAGCAAUAGUGGCGGCGGCGGAGGCCGGGGUGGUGGAGGUGGCGGCGGCUUCGGAACGAUCCCAGAUAAUAUGAAGAAAACCAUACAAAGCAUUAGAGAAAUCACAGGAAAACAACACAGUGAUGAGGAUGUUUACUCUGUUCUUCAAGACUGUUCUAUGGAUCCUGAUGACACUGCACAAAAGCUCCUUUAUUUAGAUACAUUUCAUGAAGUCAAGAGGAAACGUGAUCGGAGAAAGGGGACUCCAGGCAGAGGGACUAGGGGUGGUCGAGGAAACUAUUCUGUAGAUGUGGCCAUCUUAUCUAGGAUUAUGGUUUCCAUGCUAAUAAAGUUAAAAGAGGAAGUGUUGGGUGCUGCUGGUGGGAGGAAUGUGGCUACUCGAAGGGAAAAUGGAGUUGAUCACAUAACAGACAGAAAUGCUUUGAACUCUUCACACUCUAUACAGAAAACAAAUUAUAAUGCAGCGAUUCCUACGACAAAAGAUUUAACUGCCACACCCAAUGGCCCCCCAACUUUAUCCAAUGGGAGUUCUAUUCUUGGACAUAGUCCACAGCUGCCUGCUGCUGCUGCUGCAGGUAGUUCAGCUCUUGCUGUGAAGAAGUCAGAUGCAUCUUCCCCACUACCUGCAGCAAGUCCUUCAGCACCUACACAAAUUUCUGUCUCUGUAAUGCUAUCUAAGGUUUCCAAUGGUCCCACAACUUCUACCAUUCCAGCAUCUGUAUCUGGUUCUGUAUCUUCUUCUCCAGACCCCAUAUUGGCCCCAUCUAUGACUAGAAAUCCUGGUGCUGUUGGUACAAUUAAACGUGAAGUGGCUAGCCAGUGGAAUGCUGCUGAACAGAAUCAUAUUCAAGGAAAGAAAAAAGUUGUACCAAGCAAAUCAAAGGCAGCUGGAAAGAAUCAGCUGUCUGAAUCUCUGCAGCCCUCGACUUUGUCUACAUAUGAUGAUUCUUUGGUUGUCAGGUCUUCUAGUAACGAUAGACAUUCAUCAGAAGAAUUGGCCUUUUCUUUAAAAAGUACUGUUAUUCCGCUUGUUACAAUCUUGUCUGAGGAAGCUCAAGUUAAAGUCAGUUCUCAGUCACUGCCCGAACCAACCAUCACUAAUGGACAUGUUAAAUUUCCAAAUCACUUUAAAGUUCCAGAAGCUUUAAAAAGUGGUUUGACAUUUGGAAGCUUUGAUACAAAUUCUGGACCAGGAAAGGAAUAUGGCAUUGGUGGUUUGACUUUUGGAAGCUUUGAUGCUAAUUCUGUACCAGGAACAAAAUGUAGCAAUGGUGUUGAUGGUGACAUUAACUCUAUGAAUGCUGUUGAACUGGCAGUUCCUACUGAUGAAACUGCCAUAAAACCUUCUAGCAAAAUUGAGAUUUUCCAGGGGCAUGCUUCAUUAUUUUUGUUGGAUUGUAAACAUGGAGGCUUUUCCAGGGAUUGGGUAGGGAUAGUCAGGUUAUGUGGUUAUGCUACAUAUCAACCAGAGUCUCCUCAAUCUGUGCUUGAAAAAGUAGCAAUGCCAGAGGGCAAUGUUGCACCUAGUGCAGAUUCAAAAGCUGAUCAGUCAAAGCAGGAUGGAAUGUUACUUCCAGAAGGCAAUCAGUGCUCCACUGUUCAAAUUGCUCCAAACUAUGGUAUUGGGAUUAUGCCACCCAUGCAGACCACUCACCUUGUACCAUUCCCAGGACAUGAGACUCAGGCACAGGAUGUUUCUCAACUUUCAGGCUUUGUUAGUGACAAUUCUAUAGCUUCAUCUACUCCAAGUCUGAGUCAACCGAUGCAGAACUCUGUUGCUGGUUCUGCACACCCACUUCUUUUCAGGCCUUCAUACCCUCCUAACUAUCUUCAGUAUGGACAUUACUUCAAUCCAUUUUUUUUGCCACCAAUGCAUCAAUUCUUGAGCCACAAUGGGCUCCCUCAACAGCCAUCGACUGGCAAUGCAUAUCUUACACCAGCACCUACUGCUGCUGGUGUUAAGUUCCCUCUUCCACAAUUUAAGCCAGGAACUAGUGCUGGAAACCCAACUCCGAUUGCACUCCCAACUUUGUAUGGAUCGUAUGGCUCUUCCCCUAUGGACUUCAAUCCUGGUCCAGGUGUAACCUCUGGAAGCUCUGCUGGUAACGAUGAUCUAUCAGCAUCUCAGUUGAAGGAAAGAAACAUUUACACCCCCGGACCACUGACUGAAGUUUCAUCUUGGAUUCCUCCACCUGGGCAAGAUAUAUCCAGCUUGCAACUCAGUUCUCUAUACCACCUUCACCCUCAGGGACAGCACCUCGCCUUCUCUCCUCAACAGGCUGGUCAUGGUGCCUAUCCUGGAAUCUAUCCACCAUUGCAAACAAUGGCUGCACCUUCAACUGUUAAUCAACUCGUGCAACAGUCUCAGGCCAUGCCUGCAACUGUUGAACCUGUGAUACCCCCAUGGGUUAAAACCAUUGCAAGAAACUCUGAAAUUGACCUGCAUACAGAUGCUGUCGCUGAUUUCUUAGCUGUACCAGUCAGAUUCAAAAUUCCUGAGGUUGAAGACGGGCACCAAGACAUUGUUAAAGGUUUUGUACCAAGACAACGAAUCAGAUAG